GAGUUGUGGUUAUUCACCGUGCGAUAACAUGGUCCGUGAAGUUUGUGAAAGGGAAAGGUAAAGAGGAGAAAGAAGAGAGAGAGAGAGAGAUAGCUCGCUCACGGCGAUCUUGCAUAUUAAUCGUCAGUUUAUCCAGUCAGUUCAGUGAUCAAUUGAGAUCCCAUGAGAUCUCGCUUGUGUCUCCUUCGCUGCCUCCGUCUGCUUCGCAUUUUCAACAUGGAUUUAGACAAACGAUUCGUCAAUGUUUUACUCCUCGGCCUGGGGUUUAUGUUCGUUUUUACGGCAUUUCAAACUAUGGGGAACAUCGAGAAAACAAUUUUGGAUAGUAUCCCCGGUUUUACAGGCAAUGGAUUCUGGAGUUUGGCGAUCAUCUAUGGAGUGUUUGCCAUUACAAACUGGGCAACCCCUUCAAUCAUCAGUCUCAUCGGACCAAGAAUGGCCAUGGUUAUCGGAGCUGUUACUUAUGCUACCUUUAUUGCCUCUUUCUUCUUCCCAAGUGCAUGGCUCUUGUACUUGGUCUCGGGGAUUGUUGGGUUUGGAGCAGCGCUAAUCUGGACCGGCCAAGGAAACUAUCUGACCAUAAACGCUGAUGCCAGCACUUUAGCUAGAGAUUCUGGUGUGUUCUGGGCACUCAUGCAAUCUAGUAUGUUCCUAGGAAACACCUUUGUAUACAUUGCAUUCCAAGGCAAAGAAAGUAUUGACGAGGAUACCAGAACAUUUGUUUUGAUUGUUCUAACGGCAGUGAGCAUUGUUGGAAUCGUCUUUUUCGCUUUUUUGCCACCACCAAUUAGUGUUGAUGGAGAACUUGCUAACAAGCGAGAAGCAGGACCUCUUGCGGCCUUUAUUAACUCCAUUUCUCUCCUAUCAACGCAAGACAUGCUGUUACUGUGUCUAACAUUUUUCUACUCAGGUCUGGAGUUAUCAUUCUACAGUGGCGUCUAUGGAACCUGUUUGGGAAAGAUUAAACACUUUGGUGAUGCAGCCAAACAACUUGUUGGAAUGAAUGGCAUAUUUGUUGGAUUUGGUGAAGUUCUCGGUGGCCUGUUUUUUGGUAUCAUGGGAAAGAAGACCGCACGAUGGGGUCGAGAUGCAAUUGUUAUUGCAGGAUUCAUCAUUCACAUCCUGAGUUUCUUCCUCAUAUUUUUGAAUGUUCCUAAUGACGCCACCAUCAGCAAGGAUACCACCAUUGAAUCUUACAUCACACCAAAUAAAUUCAUAGCAAUUCUUUGUAGUUUUCUCCUUGGAUUUGGAGACAGUAUAUUCAGCACACAAAUAUACUCAAUCCUGGGUAGCAUGUACUCGGAGGACAGUGCACCGGCUUUCGCUGUUUUCAAAUUCAUGCAGUCAAUCGCUGCUGCCAUCAGUUUCUUCUACUCGGACACAUUCUACUUAACGGUCCAGCUGUCUUUGUUGGUGAUUUUCGCAACAAUAGGCACAGCCUCCUUCUGUAUAGUAGAGUACACCGCCAAAAAGCGAGGCGAUCCAUCACCCUCUCACGUAUCUCAGACCACCAGUCUGUCAGACAAGAUCUCAACAGAAAGUUAAGAAAAUUUGUGUAUUUUUAAGAAUAUUUUUACCAAGUUCAUCGUGCGCACAGAGAGAGGAAAAAUUCCAGUUGCUGGAAGAAUUAUCUUGUGAUUUCUCUGUUCCUUUUUCCAUUUGCCUAAAAUAAGAUUCUGAUCACCUGUUAAAUGAGGCAAUGGCUUCCAUUAGUCUUCCAACCUAAUAGAUUGAUUUCAAAAUGGUAUUUAGCACUAUGUAACUACUUGAUCAAUAAGUUUUAAAACAAAAAUUACCCAGAACCCUGCUCUGUUUAGGUUAGUAACCAGUGAAAAAAUUAGAAUCGACCUCUGGAAUUCUAGUUUUAUUUACCCAAAGCAAUAAGAGAGUGGAGCACUAGUUAAUUUCUUCCUCCAUUAUUUUUCAUAAAUUUGAUCUAAGAUUGUGUAUUCCUUUGAACCGAAGUUAUUUUACCAUCUUCCAGCCUUUUUGAACUCAAGUCAUUUUUCUCUUUUAUUGUACUUCCCAAAGGAAAUACGAUAUUGUUCUCAGUUUGUUUUUAUAUAUGUUAGUAUCUAGUUUUAUCAUUGUUGCUAGUUUUGUACAGUUACCUAUAUUUAUGAAUCGUAGAGUUUUUGUACGUACAUGAUUUUUUUAUUUGCUCAUACUUUUUUAUGGAUUUUUAACUCGUUAGCUCUGGACUGGUAUUUUCUACCAGGAGGUGGGGAAAAAUGUCUUCCAAGGGUUUCUAUCUGUUACAGGGUUGCCACAGUGAUGUAAAACCACGAGAACCGUGAACUGUCUGGAAAAAUCGUCUAAUCGCUUUUAUUUAUUUUCCCAGAAUUUGUUUGACGUUUCAAACAACAAUUUUAUGGAGUGCUCAGGUUUGGAAGUCACAAUUUUUAAUCAUCGCGCAAAGCGUGAAAUGCCAAAAUAAUUUCACUGAAAUUAGUCAGGGAAAUCAGGAAAAUGUCAGGGAAUUUCAUUUCUCAAAGUCUGUGGCAACCCUACGGUUAUCGCAGUUUUAUCGCAGCCGUAGCUGCCAAAGUAUAUAUCUUAACCAGCAUUUUUGCAAGCAACUCUGUUCAUACCACUAUGUUAUCUCCCACUGAAAAUUUCUGUUAAUUUAAUGUAACAUAUAAUUUUUCUUUUUUAAAGUACCGUUUUCUUCCAAUUACUCUUGUAUUUGUAAUUGCCUCGAUAAAGUCAUUAAAUUUUUUGUAUAAUUUACCAGAUAAUUCAUAAAAAUUCAAAGCAGACUUCAUCAUAUCUAAAAAUAUUUCGUGCAAUAAUUUAUGUAAAUUUUUCAUACCAAAAAUAGUUCCCUAAUUUGUUUUUACUAUCUAGGUUUAAGUUAUUUUCCAUCGCCUAGAAUGUAGUAUUUGCACUGACCUAACUUUCGGAAAAAAGAAAAGGCUGGUGACUUUUUCACCUUUAAAAGUUUUUUCAAGUGAGGAAAAUGUAAUGCAAGUUAAAAUUUCCGAGAAUAUUUGUUUAUUCUUGUGCCAAACGAUGUACCUUUUCAUCACUGAUUAGUGAUAGGAUGAUCAAUUUUCCGAACUGCAACUCAUAUCUUGACACACAGUUGUGCAAAGAAUUAGAAUUGAACAUAAAUAUUUUCAAGCAUGAAUAGUUAGUUCAUUCUUGCUAACCGUAGGUAAAAAAAUAAAAUUUCCAUAAAUAUUAGGUGAUUUCUCACUGGUUAUUCUUAUGCACAAAAAAUUCUUAAAUUUUUCAAAACUGCAAUCCAACUCCAAGAGCUCAGUUGUCCUCAAGUGAAAUUCAAGUGAUUGUUUGUAGUUUCAUAUUACUCUGAAGAAAAAUGUAUCGUAAACAGUUGUAUAUGUUCACAAAGGUUUUUUACCCAUAUUUACAAUAAAUUAUUUUCAAAAUCAA